UCUUUUGGUGACGAAAAGUGCUUGUAGCUGGCCGUACGCCGUAAUUUAGUAGGUUUUUUUUUGGUACUAUGAUGAUUACAUGUGGUAGAAUAUAUUAAUUGUCGGUAAACGAAAAGUGCUAACAACACUUCAGAAAUGAGUUAGUUACAAAGGCGAUGGAUCCAGGGCAAUCGGAGUAUUAUGAGUUUCUUGAUCUGACUGAUAUAGAUGAAAGUGAACGUUGCCAGUUAAACAACACUCUUUUUCCGUCAGAGCAAAGUUCUCAUGAUUUAUCCGACUCUGGAGUUUGGAAUGAAGGUACAUUUGAAUCUGACUGGCUAUCCACAUUAAAUAGUGGAUCCUCUGUACCUCCAUCUGAGUCAGACUUUUCAAUGAACGGGGAUCAUCAAGCAGUUUCACCUCAGUUUGGAGUUGGAUCACAAUGUCCUCCACCAAACACAAUAUAUUCUGCUGCUCCUCCAUACAACAUGCAACCACCAGGAUCCUCUCCGUCACAUAUGUACCAUCUAAUGCAGCCAGCUCCUAUGAGUAAUGUGUAUGUUGGUAAUGUAACUGCCAAUGUGAAUGUUCAUGGUUAUUUGGGACAUUAUGUGCCCUUCAUACCUCAAGGGCAAGUUGAGCAAAUGCCUGAGGUCUCAUCUCAAAGACCCAUACAUAAUCGUGAGCAUAACCCUAGAGGAAGACGCAGUCGAGGUGGACACAACAAGCGUGAUUACCAGCAGCAAAGGUCACAACAAAUUCAGCAACAGCAUGUGCAACAAGACAUGGUGGAUGUACAGCAGCAGCAGCAACCAAAUCACUAUCAGUAUAUGCCCAUACCUUAUCAAUCUGCAUAUUAUCCAACUGGCCCUCAAAGCCAUUUAGCACAACAUGCUACUGGAUCACCAAUCUAUGUUGGUCAACAUGUGCCUAUGUAUGCCCCAAUGCCUCAUUUAUAUCAAUUUCAUCCCGGAAUGGUUUAUUCGCCUGUGAGUGUACCACCUGAGUAUCAGUUAAUGGAUCCCACUGGCAAAAUUGAAAGUUGUGAAUUAGAAAUGUAUCCCCAAGCUUCUGAAAUACAUCAGCAUAUGAUGGGCAUGAAUAUUCAAGGUGAGGAAAUGUAUAAUUGUUUACCAACCGAAGUUACUAAUCAAGUUUCUGAUUUUCAAAUAAAUCAGAAUGACGGUGCUGUACUAGAUGAUAGCAAUCAGAUUACACCUCUGGGAAUUGAUGGCUCAAAUACUGUUGCGGAAAAUUCAAAUAGAAUUCGAGAAGAAAUUUCUCAGGUUGACGUUUUAGUAAAUAGUACUGAGAAUAAAGCAUCUAUUUCUGUUGAAUAUCCACCUUCUAUUGUUGAGACUUCAUCCAUAAUUGUGGAAAAUAGUAAAGAGGUUAGCCUAAAGCAAUCUGUUCCAAUUACAAAUGCAGCCACUAUUACUCCUAUUGUAGAACCAAUAGAAUAUGCAUCUGUUGCGGAUGCUGCUGAAGGUGGCGUUGUGAGUGCUGAUGAAAAUAGUAUGCCAAAUCAUGCAGGUGUUGCUGACACUAAUAUGAUGGCUGCUACAGUUGCUAGUGUUGCAGGUGCUGGAGAUGCUACUGUUAUGGAUGCUUCAGAUGCUAUUGUUGCAGGUGCUGCAGAUGUUUCAGCAAUUAAUACACCUAUCAAGGACUGUGUCUCAAAUAGAUCUACUCUAUCAUCACAACAUGCUUCACAUCCAAAAUCAAAGGGACUUUUUGUAAAUAAUAAAGACAUAGUAAAAACAGGAGUUGGUCGAAAAUCAACAAAACCUUCACAAAACAAAAGCUCACAACAAGCACUUACAAAAGAGAAUACCAUGACUGUUCCUGCUCUACAACCUCAGGAAGUUCAGAAACUCCAAUCAAGCAAGAUAAAUGACAAUAGACCAAAAUCUCAAACUCCUCCUAAUUCAGUGUGGGUUAAUAAUAAAUUGUAUACACCACCAACAAAUGAGAUUACUGAAAGUAUAAUACCUGGGGUACAAUUAGAAAUUAACUCUGAAUUAAAGAAUAAACCAAUAAAUGUGAAAUCAAAUACAACUAAACCGAUCAAUAAAGAGAAUAAAGGCAGUGAAGUUAAUAAAAGCUUAGAACCAGCAUUUGAACAAUUGCAAGCUGAAACAAGUGUUGCUGCUUCACAGAGUAAAUCUUGGGCUAGUUUAUUUAACAAAUCUGAUAUUUUAUCAGAUUCCAUUUCAGCUUCCAUCUCUAUAAAUCCAGGAGAUUUAUCUUCAAAAAAUUCAGUUAUCAAACCAAUGGCUGUAGUGCAACCAUUAGAAAAUAGCAUGACUGCAGGAGCUCAAAAUCAAAUUAUCCAAAAAAGCAAUAAAUCACAAGUUACUAUACAUACUACUAGUGACAAUACUUCAACAUUUUUAAAUGAUCCUAAUUCAUACAGAGCUGGAGAAUUUCUUUCAAAGUACAAUCUGGAUAAUAGAACUGUUAGCUUACAACCUAGAGGAUUAACAAAUCGGUCCAACUACUGUUAUAUAAAUUCUACUUUGCAAGCUCUUUUGGCUUGUCCUCCAUUAUAUAAUUUGCUAAAGGCAUUACCCCAUCAAAUCUCCAAGAAAAGUAAAAGCUCAACCCCUGUGCUAGAUGCUAUGACUCAAUUAGCUUAUGAGUUUAUGCCUUUGCCUCCUGGUGCUCGAGUUGGUCGUCGUGAAAAAGGUCACCAGCGUAAAGAUGAAUUACCAGAUGUGUCCACAGGUCCACCAUUUGAACCAUUGGUUAUUCACAGAAUGCUUAGUGGUUUCCAUCCAAAUACUUUCCAGGUUGAAGGAAGACAAGAGGAUGCAGAAGAGUUUUUAAGUUGCCUUCUUAAUGGAUUAAAUGAUGAAAUGGUGGAGCUCAUAAAACUAGUAGAACCUGAAGAAAAAGCUCAACUGUCCAAUGGUGAUAUGGUGAAUGGGCAUAGACAGUGUGAUGAUGAUGAUAAUGAUGAUGAUGAUGAAUGGAAGGUAAUGGGUCCAAAAAAUAAAGGUUCUAUAACUAGGCGAUCAUAUUUUGGCCGUUCACCAAUUAGUGAUAUAUUUCGAGGUCAAUUAAGAUCACGAGUUCAAAGGGCUGGCGAUUUGACGACUGAUAGUGUGCAGCCUUUUUUCACACUUCAAUUAGAUAUAGAGAAAGCGGCAUCUGUCUCACAAGCAUUGGAAUUAUUAGUUGGACGUGAUCAAUUGGAAGGUGUUACUUGUUCUAAAACAAACCAAGAGGUUGAGGCUUGGCAACAAGUCUCUUUAGAAGAACUGCCAGUUGUACUAAUUUUACAUCUAAAGUGGUUUGAUUACAAGUUAGAUGGUUGUACAAAAAUAGUAAAAAAUGUUGAUUUUCCAAUUGACCUUAAAAUAGAUCCCAAGCUAAUGUCAACUAAAACGAAGUAUGCGGUAAAACAGCGUCAAUACAAAUUAUUUGCAGUUGUUUACCAUGAUGGAAAAGAAGCUUCAAAGGGGCAUUACAUUACCGAUGUGUUCCAUGUUGGCUUUAAUGGCUGGAUACGAUACGAUGACAGUGUUGUUAAGGCAGUCACUGAGAAUAUGGUGUUGCAUCCCAGACAACCACGGGUUCCUUAUUUACUUUAUUAUAGAAGGUGCGAUACUAUUGGACCCUCUAACAAUGUUAACCAACGUACUCAUUGAUAUGUCUGACAUAUCGGAGCUGAAAAUGCUCUCAUAUUGUGCCUAUAUUUGUUUUUCAAUUUUUUCUAUACAAUCAAGUUGCUUUUUGUAGUUGUUCCUACAGUUUUGUAAUAGUAAACAAAUCAUUUUUUUGAUUUCACUUUUUACGAUUUCUUUAAGUUAAAACUUGCAACUUUCC